UAUUCUAAAGCAAUACCCCAGAGCUGGUAGUUUUACUGUACAUUCGUAUUUCUACAACUUAGUCAAAGGAUAUGACAUGCGUUUAGAGAGUUGGGCAUUUAGGCUAGCCUGCAGGCUGUCUAGGGUGAAGAAAGCUAAGCAUCCGUUUAAUUUGGCAGCUUUUGCGUACCUUUUUUUUUUAUUAUUGCGGUUUCUUUACUAUCAGGAAAAAAAAUGCAAAACGCUGGAGCGGUGCUCUUUAAAACAUACAGCUGCACGUAUGCACGUUUAAAUUACUUGCAUGUAUUUUUUCUAGGUAUAAUAUACCAUUUAGAGGUAAUUCAGGUACAAAUAUGUACCAUUUACUUUUGUGCUGAGAGGUCAUUUAUGAAGCUCAAAGGAUGUAACCCCAAGACAGGAAGCUUUACUUCUGAAUGGAGAAUAACUGACCAUUAUCAUUAUAGUAAUCUGCUCGUCCAGAGGUAAUUAACACUUAUGUUUAAAGAAUGAAUGGAUUUAUUUACGGUACUGCGUACAAAGAACAUAGUUAUCCUGUCUGGAACUAUUUCUUUUUCAGACCAUAUAGAAUGGCAUGACCUUUAUUCUGAUGCAUAGUCUAUAUUUAGUCCAGAGACAUUUAUCUGCUGUCCCCAGGAGCGGAUUAUAUGUGACAUGCCUUAAUGAAUAUAAUUAGAGUUUUUAGAGAGUUUUUUUAAAUUUAUUUUAAUGAACUGAAGUGCAUGUAAUGUAUGCAUUUUUAAAGUACAGAUAUCCAGUACCUCUCAGUUAAAAAGGUCGUAAACAUGCAUGCAAAGUAUAUGGAAAGAAUAAGAGCGUUCUACUGCUGGAAACACUUUCUAAAUAAAUUCACUGUCAACUGCUCAUCAAUAUUUUAUUAUUUGUUAAGCAGCCAAAGAUACAGAAUUCAGUAGCUUCUAUUAGGGAAUCCCAAAUUUCAUUAGAGACUUCUAUACUUAUUUCAUACAUCCUACCAUGCAGUGUAAGACGAUUCACGCAAUGAAUGGCAUUUAAAUUUCUUUUUGCAUUUGCACAAAUGAUAACUUUCGUUUGAUAUGGCAAACUUUCACUCAGCAAGACCAGAAAAAUACAGCCUAAUGCCAGUUCGUGUAUUGGCCCAAAUUUCGUGAAAUCUUUCAUUUAAGCAGCGUUUAGGCUUUGACAUCCAUGAUUAUUGAUCGACAGUGAAAGCACAAAGGCUCUUUGUAAAAAUUAAUAACUGCAGACAAAGACGUUUUAAAAUGACUGUGAGCUUGGAAAAAGUGGACAAAAGAGCUACAUUUUCUGAAGCGGCUUUCAUACAGGUACAUUAAAGCAUUUCAAUUCACAGCUGAGCGGUAAUGCAACAAUUUAAGCUUAAGAAGCUACCACUGAACAACCGUUAGUCUGAAUAUCACGCAUCAGCCAGCCAUGACGUGUGUUUUGGUCCGGCAGAGGGAGACAGGAGCGCUGCGAUCAAAGGAUGGAGGGCUCCGGCUGGCCAGGUGGUGCAGAGCCUCCUGGAAGCCAGGUGUACGAGGUGACGGUGGUCCAAAACGCCACAGCCCCUCACAACUAUCCCUUUGCAGACGUCGCUCUGCUGCAGACCUUCAAGCCGCUUAUCAUCCCCUGUUACGUUCUUGUGGUGCUGGUGGGCGUCUUUGGCAACUACCUUCUGAUCUACGUCAUCUGCCGCUCGAGGAAGAUGCACAACGUCACCAACUUCUUCAUCGGCAACCUGGCCUUCUCGGACAUGCUGAUGUGCGUGACCUGCGUCCCCUUCACGCUGGCCUACGCCUUCAGCCCUCACGGGUGGACGUUCGGCCGCUUCAUGUGCUACCUGGUGUUCCUGAUCCAGCCCGUCACUGUAUACGUGUCUGUUUUCACUCUCACGGCUAUCGCGGUCGACAGGUACUACGCUACAGUGCACCCUUUGAAGAAGCGAAUCUCAAUGGUGGCCUGCGCUUAUGUGCUGUCUGGGAUCUGGCUGCUGUCGUGCGUGCUGGUCGCUCCCGCUGUGGCCCACACCUAUCAUGUGGAGUUCAGAGAUGAAGGCCUGACCAUCUGCGAGGAGUUCUGGUUGGGCCAGGAGACCCAGAGACUGGUGUACGCCUACAGCACGCUGCUGCUGACCUACAUCCUGCCUUUAUCCGCAGUCUGCGUCUCUUACCUCUGCAUCUCCGUCAAACUGCGCAACUGCGUGGCCCCCGGACACCGAACGCGCGACCAGGCCGAGGCUCAGCGGGCGCGCAAGAGGAAGAUCUUCAGGCUGGUGUCUCUGGUGGUGGCGGCAUUCGGAGUCUGCUGGCUGCCCAUCCACGUGUUCAAUGUCCUGCGCGACAUCGACAUCCGCCUCAUCAACAAGCGCCAUUUCCUGCUGAUCCAGCUGCUGUGUCACCUGUGCGCCAUGAGCUCGUCCUGCUGCAACCCGUUCCUGUACGCCUGGCUCCACGACCGUUUCCGCGCAGAGCUGCGCAAGAUGUUCACCUGCCACCGGCGCAUCGGCAUCCCGGCAAACCACUGCGCCACGGCCAGCGUCGUGCUGUGAU